UUCAAUUCGGUCUUUGAUAUUAUUGUGUGCGGAAGUGAGAGACUAGCCAGCGUGUUGGUAGCCCAGAUAAUCAUUUCAAUUGGCUAUGAUUAGCCCUAAUUAGUAGCAGACAAGCUGGAAAGAAACCAGAUAAACUAGUUAAUGCGUCUUGUUAACUACUAUAGUCAAUGUUAGUGUAACAUUCUCCAUUCUGUACAGGGCAAAGAACUGUUUAGCUAAUAGCUAACGUUAGCUAGUUAUUCUAGAGAUGGCCAGGUUCAUUACACCCGGUUCCAUGGAGGCCGUCUCACGGCUGGACGGUACACCGGGGGGGAAGAGAGGUGCUCCAGCCUUGGACACUGAUACGGACUCCACACGGGAGAUUAAAACCCACUUCCGUGUGUGUCGGUUCAUCAUGGAAACGGGUGUGAAGUUGGGCAUGCGUUCGGUGCCCGUGGCGACAGCGUGUGUGUUUUACCACCGGUUCUUCCAGUGUGUGAGUGUGACGGUGUAUGAGCCCUACCUGGUGGCUAUGAGCUGCAUCUACCUAGCAGGCAAGGUGGAGGAGCAGCACCUCCGCACCCGUGACAUCAUCAACGUGUGUCACAGGUAUUUCCACAGUAGUAGUGAACCUCUGAACUGUGAUGGUGAGUUCUGGGACCUCAGGGACAGUGUGGUGCAGUGUGAACUCCUGGUCCUCAGACAACUCAACUUCCAUGUCUCCUUCCAGCACCCACACAAG